CUAUUAUUAUUUAUAAGCAUACUAAAAAGCAAGGAUGGAGUCCCAAAAAAUGGUCCAAUGCUUCGGCAGGAAGAAGAACGCAGUCGCCGUUGCCACUUGUGUUAAAGGAAAAGGAAUUAUCAGAGUUAAUGGAAGACCUCUAGAAUUAGUUGAGCCAGCUAACUUAAGAAUUAAACUUUAUGAACCAAUCCUGCUCGUUGGAGGAAAGCAAUUUAAGAGGGUUACCAUGAGAAUCAGAGUAAGAGGUGGUGGUGCUUCUAACCAAAUUUUCGCAAUUAGACAAGCUAUGGCCAAGGCCUUGCUUGCUUAUUACCAAAAAUAUGAAGAUGAGCAAUCUAAGAGAGAACUUAAGGACCUCUUCUUGCAAUAUGACAGGAACCUUCUCGUCUCUGAUUAUAGAAGAUGUGAGCCAAAGAAGUUCGGAGGAAAGGGUGCCAGAGCCAGAUACCAGAAAUCAUACAGAUAAUUUAUAUUUUCUGGCUACAAAAGCUUACUAGAUUCCCCCUUUCGUGGUUGUUUGA